CCAAAUUAGGAGAUACACCUCAACGGCGCUGUGAUUCCACCGUACUCUGUGGUUUUGGCUCUUGCGCACGAACGAGACCGCAAGUUAUCGAUUCCCUUUUUUUUUGCAAACCGUCUCUCUCUGUGAUCGCCGGCAAGACACCCCGCGAUCUUCUCUUCCUUCUCCCUCCCCGCCGCCGGCAGUCAGCCGCCGUCUGCCGUCCGCCGUCCUUCUCUCGUCACUGACGUCUUGAGGGUAAAUAUUCAGUUGGCGAAGGCAGAACGCAGAAAAGAUUAUGGAGAAGAAGAACGAAGAGGAUGAUGGCGAUACAUCAGGAGAGUAUACAUCUGAAGAUGAUGGUUAUGUUUGGCCAGACGGUACGCGUAGAAGAACCCGCGAAGAAUGGGCUAGGUAUCAUAAACAAGUGGAGGAAAGCGAGGGAUUUGAUGUUGACCUGUUUCCGGGUACAAGCGAGCAUGGCUUUACAGCACUGACGAAUUUUGACGAUGAUGAUAUCAUCGAAUGUACCAAAGCGGCGAUCGAGCACUUUAAUAAGGAAAAUGAUGCGAGUUUCAGGUUUGUGAAGAUAGAGAAGACUACUUGUCUCGUUGUGGCAGGAUCUUGGUAUUAUAUAACGUUUCAAGCUAUUGAUGGUGAAGCCAACCUGAAAACAUUCCAAGCUAUAACAUUUUAUGGACUAGACCAUAGUAUUAAAGUUGAUCUCUGCAGGCUUAAACCAGGUGCAACUUAGUGAAAGGGAUGCUUAAUCCGUCAAUUUUUGCUUCUCUCAGGAUGUACCUCAUGCAACACCAGGAGUUAGAUACCAAAGUAACUAUAUAUCAUAAUAAUUAAGUAUUAUUGUUGGCGAGAAUUUACUUUAUGCAGUUAGUGGACUUUUAUGUGUUGUAGUUUGCAUUGUUUAUUCCUGUCGCUGCACUUGCAAGUUCUUGAUUUGAGAUUUGGGGCAAACCUCUGUUAUAGGUU